GACCACCAGCCUUUACAUGGUUGUAUACUUAUUCCUAACAGAGCGAAUUAGGGUGAAUUUAUUCUAGGGGGCGAAUAAAGAAAGGGGGAGUUAUUUUAAAACGAAAUGAUAGCUAGCUAGCUGUUGUGCUUGGGUGCUAGCUAGCUUGGGUCUCGCUGUCGGAUAGAGUGUAACGUUACCGUUUUAAAGAACACGUCGUAAAUGGAGUACCCUACAUUGAGGAGGCCAAAGCGGAAGCUCUGCUAUCUCACAAAUAAAGAAAGUCCAUCUAAACAGUGGGCAGGAAAGCUGACAUUGGGAGAUGUUGAUAGGAUGUUUGAUGACUUGGAUUCAUCCCCACAUGACGAUGACCUGUUAACGUCAUCUCCCCUGCUCCAGACCUCUGAUACUGAGAGAAACCAGAGUGAGAGAGAGGCUCCACCAGUCCCACAGGAGGGACACUUGACCAAAACAUUUCCAACAUGUGAAAUGGGUCCUGAAGGAGAUGUCCUGCCUCCUGCAACUGGGUCACUCAGUCCUAAAGUGGACAUUGAUUUGGACAUUCCAUUGAAAGUGCAUAAGCCAGUAAAGACAUCCAGCCCUAUUGAAAAGGAUGUGGUUGUGGAAGGCGAAGAAGAGGAGGACAAGGGGAGAAACAGGGCUGUGUCCCCAAUUCUCUUUGACUGUGAAGAUGAAGACAAAGAAGAGGCAAACACAGAGCCUUUAACCAUCAAGGAACCCCGGGUCAACGGGCACGCGACAGACGAUGAGGACUCUGAGUUGGAGUCUCCUCCAAGCAAAUUCGCUAUUAGCAAACCCUUGAUGUCCAGUCACAAAAACAAGGUGGAAGGGUCAUGCAAAGGGAAUCUCCCAGUCAAAGAAAAAACACACAAGAAACCUCAAACACCUGUUUUAGAGACAAAAAGAAAAGUGCCAAGGCAAGAAAGCACAGAUUCACCUGUUUCAGCAGAGAGACAGAAGCCUGAACCAGCAGCUCUUGAGAAACUCUCAAGUGUUCACAGCCAGCCAGCGGCAGAGAUGUCCACCCGUGUGGGGAAAGACAUGACUACUUUUCUACAGAAACUUAGAGAUGCUGGACAGUCCAAACCUGCAUGUUCCAGGAAGUCGCUGUCACCAGUAAAGGUUCCCACUCUUCCUCCUGAGCCAGAGGAUGAUUUCCUGAUUUUGGAGGACGAAGCACCUCUUUGGUUUUCCAUCCCAAGCAAAAGCAGUAAGAAACAGAAGCCAAGCAGAACUUCCAGCUCAGACAAAGACAGUUCAACAGAUAAGGGGACUAAGGACAGUGCACUAGAAACUGCACAAAAAGAGGAUGAAUUGGAAAAGGCAAACGCCAGACUGGAAAAUCAGCCUGUUAAUCAGAAAAUGAAGAAGAAGAAAGGGAGAGAGAAGAAGAAUGAAGCGGUUGGACCUAAAGAUGAUGAGGGCGAAUACUUCAGUCCUGAGGAUCUUCCUGCAGGUGACUUGAUGGAACAAGAGAAACCAAUUAAAAAGAAACAACAACAACUCAAGAAGACUUCAUUGAAAGAGAAUGACAAGGCAAAGGAGAAACCCAAAGACACAGCCAGCAGGGAAUCAGAUGAAGAAAACCCCUCUCAGAAAAUGAAAAAGAAAGCACAGAAGUCCUCUGUGAUGAAGAGCUCAAAGUCUUCAAAAGAUGGGAAAGAAAACGUCCAGACUAGCAGGGCUAAGUCAUUAAAGGAGACCAGAAAAGCGAUGCAGGAAUCUGAAAACAGAAAGGAGAUGGUGUAUGAUGAGGCUGUGAUGGAACAAGAUCAGGAGCAGAACAGUAAGAAGCCUGCAGAUGUUGAACACUUGCGCCCUCUUGUAGACCAAAAGAUCCUGAAUUCUGAUGCACAAACAGCAAAGGAUUUAGAAGACGGAAAGGCUAAACAGAACAAACUGGCGACUGAGUCUGAAGGGAGUUUGUGUGAAGAACGUCAGAUUCUUGGAAAGCGGAAAAGAAAACAGACUGGACAGUGGUGGUUGAACUGUCCUCAGAGCACAGAGGAAACAAAGGUUACAGACAACCAGCCUACGCUCAAGAAGUCCAAACAGCACAGUAAAGAGCCCAGUGCAACAGAAUCUUCAGCAAAGGCUAAGAAGGACAGAAUUUUAAAGAAAAGAAAUCAGAAACGGCCCGCAGAGUUGUCCAGUCAGAACACAAUUAACGCUACAGAGAACAAAGCCAAACGCAACAAGAACAGACCUGCUAAAGAAGACACACCAGACAAGAUGAAAGCAACAGAUGAAGUAUUUAACACGACUGAGACAGAGCAGCAGCAGCAGGAGGUCCCGAAUCAGGACCUGGAUCCUGUGCAGUUGAGCCCUUUGGUCUUUACACACCGAGACCUCAGUCUUAACUCAGGGCGUCAGGUAUUUCAGAAUGUCUACCAUCAUGUCUCUAAUCAAAAAAUGUCCAACACUCCAGCGGCUGCCUCUCCCAGAAGACCACAGGAGGAGCUAAGGCCAGCCGAACCAGAGAAACGGAAGAGGAAACCUCCUGGUAACUGGUGGACACUUAACAACAUGUCUGAGGACCUGGAGGACAUCUCCUCACAACCUCAGCAGCUUAAUCCCAAGCAGCCCAAAUCCCGUAAGGAAAGAAAAAAGAAGUCUAAGCAGAGCAAAUCUCCGGGACUUGGAACACCCAAAAAUGGCAACGUGGCAGUUUCAUCAAAACCACUAGGGGGAGCUCAUGUGACCCCAGUGAAACUGAAGCCACUGUCUGCCCCAAAGACGGUCAAACGCUCUCUGGCUACAUUUAAAGACAUUUUCACAUCAGCCACAGAGACGCCGACUGUGGUCAGCAGCAGAAACACAGGUCAGAAUAACAGACGUAAUGUUGCUGCACGUCCUGCUGUGGAAGUCACUGUUACUGACUGUGCAGCAGUCUGUACGGAUGCUGGUGAAUUCAAGAGCACGCAGAACAGCCCCCCCAACCACGACACCGCACAGGACAGCAACUGUCAGCCAGAGAACACGUUAAAAGACCUCAAAAGUGGACCAUCCUCGAUGAUUGAGCUUGAGCAAUACGAGGAGAAAAAUGACUCGGUUCUGCUGUCACCCAGAGUCCACGCUGAGCUCUCUUUUUCUGAUCUGUGCGCUCCCCCUCUCAAACCGCUGAUCUUACAGCCGAAGGAUAAGGCCAACCUGACAGAGUGGUUUAAGAGUCUCUGGUCUACUGUCGACAAUGGUGCUGAGAUCACUCCAGACCAGUUUGACUGGUACUUCUAUCAAGGCAGAGCUAUUGGUUUCCUGGUGGACCUGAACUGUGGCUCCAUCUGUAAUGGAAAGAUUCUGCUGGGCUCCUACAUGAAGAAGCCUCUCUGGGUGGAUCACAGCGCCGUAACAGUUUUUAACUUAUUAACGAGCUCAGUGAGUGUAACCAUCGAUGGUAAACAGUCCCGCUUCAACCCAGGACAGUCCUUUAUGGUGCAGUGUGGACAUGCCUACAGCAUCCAGAACGUCACUGCUCAGCCUGCAGUUCUGUAUUUCACCAGGAUAUUAGCAGAAAGUUCAGGUUGAAGUGGGUGGUGGCUGGAUUGCCAACCACAUGUCCCUAAGAAAUAACCGAAUUCCUAAGGUUGUUAAAAACAGACUGGAGAUGUCCGACAUUAUUUUUAUAUUUAAACUGACUUGCAUUUCUGUAUUGAAAUAUAAGAUGUAAAUAGAAAAAAAAAAUGGCUUUAAUUUUUUUAUUAUCUUAUUUGAUCCUGAGCAAAAUAGACUUGUAAGUGAUUUGUAAAUAAAGUUGUGUAGUUUUUGUUACUUGAAAUUUUAUUUGGACAUUUCAUAUGAUUGUGCAUCUGUUGUUUUCAGCCUCUAAGGGGCAGUGUACAGCUGUAGUCUGACUGCAUUAAACCCAGAGCUGCCAGAUACGGUUUUAGUCAGCAUGGAAAACAAGGUCCUUAUC